CUGACGAGUGCAUCCCAUGUUCUCUUGUCACUACGACGGUUGCGAUUCGGAAAGCGAUUCCCCAAGUGAUAGCCAAGACGACGAACUGUCUGCUAUUUGCAAUAAACAGAAGGCCAAAGCCUUUGAGGAUGCCAUGUGCGCUGAACUAGAUGAUUUUGUCCGGGGCUUAAACAACCUAGAAAGUGAAGCUACAGAGCCUAGGCGGGUCCGCUUCGCACCGAUUUCUGGCGAGACGGAAGGUGGGACAGAAGAGGUCACCGAGCCGACCGAGGAUCUCCUCUACGACGAAUUGGAGGAUGACGCGAGUGAAAAGUGGGUCAAGGAAAAUCUGCUUGGUGGACGGAGCCGCCAUUCAGAUGCAGUACUGAAUUGCCCCUGUUGCAUGACGGUUCUGGCUGUGAAUUGUCGAAGAGACCAACGUUUUAAAACACUCUACAGAUCUUCUUUCCCUAUCAAUUGCGUGGUUGACGAAAGCACUCGGCUCGCUGCUCCGACAGAUUCCCAGCACCGACGAAAGCGGCGUAAAAAUGUCUCCAAAUCAGACGAGAGUGUUCACACUAAUGCGCCUGAUGAAGAAAACUCUUCCGACAAUGUGUUUGCAGUGAACUGUGAUGUCUGCGGUAUUCUUGUUGGGACCAAAGAUCCUAAAACGAAUGUAACCACCUUUUCUGGUACACUUGCAAGCCACACUUAAACGGUUUAACUUGCAAGUUCAACCUGGUCUGUACAUAGUGCUCUUUUUCGCUCUAGUACAUUGAAGUUGCAUUGCUUGCAACUAUUCACUUUCGCUGUUCUCCCUUAAGCUGUGCAGAUCGAUAUUGUAGAUUACUGUCAAUAAGAUAUCUAAUAAACUAGUAA